AAAGAAAGAAAAGAGAAAAGGUACAUACCAUAUGCGUUAGCGUGUGUCGCAGAAAUCAAUCAUGCUUUGGUUUCGGGUUUACACAAUUCUAUUCUUGUGGCGGCAGCUCAGCUCGCAGAAUCCAUCGUCAUCUCAUCAUCAGUUACCAUUUGAUCUUGGGGUUUGAUUCAUUCUAUUUCCUUUUUAGUUACUGCUACCCCCUUUUCCUUUUGAUGAUCAAAGCUUUGGAGGUGUUGGUAGCUUUGAAAUUCUUUCAUCCGAAGUCUCUUCUUAUUAAUUUUGGUUUGAAGAGCGAACCCUUCAUUCAUCAGUGAUGGACACAACAACAGCGAGUAACUGGAGGGAUCAACUGCACCCUGAAACCCGCCAACUCCUUCUCAACGAUAUAAUGACCAAGUUAAAAAUCGGUCAUCCUCUUUGUGAUUAUGAUGAAGACCUUGAAUUUCAAAAAAUUGCUCAUAGUAUUGAGCAGAAAAGUUAUGGUGGUGCUACAAACCAGCUGCAGAUGUUAAUGCUCCAUACCAUCAUUCCUGAGUGUAAAAGGGCUGAUUAUUUUGACGAAAUAGCAUCUAGGCUUCUUUUGUUGGAGAAUAAUGUAAAUUUACUUAUACCAUUAACUGGAGCCUAUUCAUGUUGGCCAUCCCUUACAGAAGCAAGAGAAAGGGAAUGGAGAUCUCAGCUUCGCCCUGAUUCCCGGCAAAGAAUUGUCAACAAAAUAAGGGAAACGUUAAGAAGACAUCUUCCUGUUAGUGGUCCAGAGGGAUCACAAGAACUUUGGAAGAUUGCCCGAAGGUUUGAGGAGAAGAUUUUUGCAGCCGUAUCCAGCCAGACUGAUUACCUUAGAAAAAUAUCUUUAGAGAUGCUUACAAUGGAGACCAUAUACCAGGGACGCCAUGAACCUGCCAAUCCAGAACCGGAGCAGGAGCCAAAGAAUGCCAGAAUGGACUGAUGACUAUCACAUGGGCUAGCAUUUGAAGCAACUGGUUUGGGAUGCAGCAGUUUCUCGCAUUCACGAACAACUCCAAUGCGAUGGACAGUUCGUAAUGGAGCAUGUGCUUGUUUGAAUUUUCAAACUUUGAUGUACAUGUAUCAAUA